AUGAGCCACGAGAUAGUUCCCUAUGGCAAGGGGAAGGGCAAGAGCAUCGACGAUGCCCAGCUUCGGAAGUUUACCAAGCGCACUGUGGAUUACGGUUCCGAUGUGGUCCGAUGGAUGGAGGACUGCGUGGGUCGCCGGACACGACCAAGGCGCCUGCAAAGAUACUACAACUACACCAAGGAGCUUGUUCCUCCUUUCGCUAUGUCCCGCAACCCCUACGACAGCAUCUGCCCUCGCUUCGUCUACGCAGCUGUGAACAAAAACAGGUCACCUGUCUACGUGGCCACAUGGUUUCCCAACGGCCGGCGGAUUCUCACCGGUACGCUUGCGGGUGAAAUGACUAUUUGGAAUGGUUUGGCAUUUCAUUCCGAGAACGUGAUGCAAGCACACAACGCCGGAAUCAAAGCAAUGUGCUGGACCCCGGAUGAGGCGGUUAUGGUGAGCGGAGAUCAGCUUGGAAUGAUCAAGCUUUGGGAUCCUUUCAUCUACAAUUUCCAGACCUUCCAGGGCCACAAGGACUCUGUCUGUGACAUAGCCGUGGCACCGACAGGGGAAAAAUUCUGCUCGUGCGCCGAUGAUUCACAUGCCAAGGUUUGGGACUUGAAGACCGGAGACGAGGAGCGCGCAUUCACUGGGCAUGGCUGGGAUGUCAAGUGCUGCGCAUGGCAUCCGACAAAAGGUUUGGUCGCAACCGGUUCCAAGGAUUCCCAGAUCAAGCUCUGGGACCCCCGAGCAUCCGAAGCGAUUACUACCAUCUUCUGCCACAAGAACACAGUCACUCGUGUAGCCUGGAGUCCGCAUGGCCAGUGGCUAGCAAGUGCCUCGAGAGAUCAGCUGGUCAUGCUUAUGGACGUACGCACGAUGAGUGUGCGGAAGGUUUUCAAAGCUCAUCAAAAGGAGGUGACCUCCCUUUGCUGGCAUCCAGAGUCGGACUCCUUACUGGCGUCCGGAGGCUAUGAUGGCGCCAUCCACUUCUGGGGCAUCCAUGGCUCCUCAUCACCGGUAGAAAGCUUGCCCUUAGCACAUGAAGGUCCUGUUUGGUCCCUGGCAUGGCACCCUAUGGGCCACCUACUUGUCAGCGCUUCGAACGACUACUCCACGCGUUUCUGGUCGCGUGCGCGACCUGGCGACACAUCCUUCAGCGAGUUGCUGCCCAAGCGCGUCGGCUUGGGCGCGAGUGAUGCUGCAGCAGUCGGUCCGGCGCCACCGGCCGGGAAGACUGAAGACGUUCUGCAGGCGGGCAUCUUUGCCGAGCUACCAGCGCCUCCGCCAACUGCUGAGCUUCUGGCCAUUCUCAAUGGGACCUUGGCUUUGGCUCCACCACCCGAGCCUGAGCCCACCGAGAAGGAACUCGAGGACAAGGAUGCCGACAGCACACCAAUGAUCGGCUUGUCGCUCGGAGAAGGUCCAAAUGCCAAGAGCGUGCUGGACACUGCGGAUUUUGACGCAGAGGAGACAGAGAGGGUCAAGCGAGUCAAAGCGGAGCCGGAAGACAAGGAAGACAAGGGCGAGGAAGAGCCCAAGCCGGUCAAAGCAGAGGAAGGUGCAGAAGCCACUGCUGGAGAAGAGGCCAGUUUGGCGAGGGCAGAAGCGAUCCCGGCUGAGAAGCCUGCACCUACACCUACACCUACACCGGUGAAAAUGGAGGAGCCCGACCGUGCACCGGACAGCACUGAGCCGCCAUGUCCGAGCCAUUCUCAGUGA